AUUCACUGAAAAACAUCAAACGAACACAAACAUGGCGAAACUUUCUGAAAAAAAAGGUAGAUCCAGAUCUGAUUGGAGGGAUCCUACCCAUGGGACCAGGCUCCGUUCUUCUCUCUCACUACCUUCCCAAAAACCCCUGUUUCGAGUAUACCUAGAAGGAGAAAGAAUCAGGUUGAAAAGCAACCUUGUCGGAAAUGGAGGCCUGAGUAGCGAAGAUGAUAGGAGACUGAGGAAGCUGGCAAUUGAGAGAGGUAAGGAGAGACCCAGGGGCUGUUCGGCUGCUGUGAGACGGAGGAGACAACUUGCAACUGUUGUUAGGCAAAGGCAAGCAGAUCGAUAGUGAGGAACCAGUGAUGAGAAUGGUGAUCGGUGACGGAAGGGGUGAAAACUGAUGAUUGGAGAAAAUGGAGAAGCGGGGUUCUGGAUGGGAGAAGGGGAUUCUAGAUGGGAGAAGAAUUGAGAGUUUAUCCUUUUCUUUUUUUUUUGGUUCUGUUGUCCCCCUCACUUUUGUUUUU